GAACAUAAAUAAACGGGAAUCCGGUCCAGCUUGAAGAUGGCAGCACCCGGUGCUGGUGCCCCUACCCGGCUGGUCCAGUACGUGGUGGUCCGCUCGGACCUGAUCCACAAGCUAUCAUGGCCACUGGGGGCCGUGAUCACCCAGGCGUGCCACGCCGCUACCGCCGCGAUCCACCUGCACUACGGAGACCCGGACACCCAGCGGUACCUGGAGGAGCUGGACUCCAUGCACAAGGUGGUGCUGGGGGCUCCGGAUGAGGCCGCUCUCUCCGGACUCUCAGACGCUCUGACUCAGGCUGGAGUCUCCCACAAACUAUGGAUCGAGCAGCCGGAAAAUAUCCCCACCUGUCUGGCUUUGAAGCCAUACCCUAAAGAGACUGUCCAGCCACUGAUGAAAAAGUUUAAAUUGUUUAAAUGACUUUUCAUGAAAAUCAUUAAAAGCGAUAAAAUGCACUGGGUGGCGCCAAAACAACCCUGGUUCAACGUUGACGUGAAUAAAUCCUUGUUGAAUCCUG